AUAAAUCAAUAAGAUAUCGACAUAAUAAAGGACGGCCAAUGACUCGGUGAAGUUGACAUGUCGUGUAGAAAAUGUCUAGGGUAUUGAUUUGUUGAAUCAGUUUCUUGUCUCAAUUUCACCACGUCCAAGCAAAGAUAUCAAUUUGAGUUUCCCCCCAGUUGAAAAUAAGAUUCAAUACUUGUUCGCUGUCUAUUCUUGAUUGGCCACUUUGAUUUGCAAAGCAGCUUUGAGUACUUUACACGUACAAGGGUCUGCCACAGCAUGACAGGUGUUGAUUUGUUGGAGCUUUAUUUCCUUUUUGUGUGUGUCAGUGUAAUUGCACGACGCAAUCCCCUUUCGCUGAUUGAACGGCAGCAGCAGACAUGGGGGCAACAAGCCCCUGGGGAGAGAAUGAGCGACAAGAAAAGCACUUUCUUCUUCUGCUGUACAUUUCUCUUUUGUCCAGUCCAUUAAUCUGGCGUAAUGACACAAUCAGACGGGGCCCCGGACGACAGCUAGCUAGCUAGCCAGCCAACCAACCUAAAACCUAUAAGGGCCGUUGCCCAGUCAGCUAACUGGUGGACACUGGAAAAAAGUGAAAAGGACAAAACGCAGCCAAGAGAGAAGGAAAUAGCUCAAAGGAGAGUACACACACAGCGUGUGUGUGGGCAAAAGAAAAAAGAUUAUUAUGUUAUUCUCUGUUUGAAAAAUCCUCGGUCGUGGUAAUAAAGUGAAGGCAAGAAACACAACUAGGGUGGACGACAGGCACAAGAUUUAUUUGUCCGUAUCUAUAGCUCUCUCUCUCUGUGUGGUGUGGUGGGCACAAGGUCCGCCAUCGACCGGCUUUUAUUUUCUUGUCCGUGACCAGUGUCAUCGAUCCAUGUUUUGUUUUUUUUCGUCUCAGCAGCACCAGUCGAUUCUUUCAUUUGGUCUGGAUGGUUUUUGCUCUUUUCUUUUAUUUUUCUUCUCUUAUGGGGGGGCAACUGACAUUAUUCAUUGGGAAAGGAUUGCGAGAAACUGCUGUAUAGUGUGUGUGUGUAUAGGGCAACGCUUUGUCGAUCGAUCCUGGUUAUAUAUAUAUUUUUUUGUGUUUGUUUGUUUCUUAUGAGAUGUCCAUUAGCCGGCGGGAGCGAGUGACGGAUGGCUCCCGGCCCGUUGGCUUCUUCGUGUAUCGACGCCAAAGUUACUCCUCCUACUUACUCUUCCUAACUUUUUCUGUUUCUUUUAAUUCCCUUUGAUUCUUUUUACUCCCUUGUAUAUAUAUCUCCUUGUAAGCUACGACGACGACGACCAGAUUUCUUUUUCAAAUCGGAUUUGCGGUGAUAGUGGAUCAAAUCAUUUGCGCUGGUUGUGAGAGCCGAGUUUAAGCAAAGUGGCAAAAGUUUUCGAUGAGACAAAUCCAAGGGCGAGAGAGUUAAGGAAAUUGAGGAGCGGCCGGGGUAGUAGUAGUAGUAGUAGAGCCUGCAGCAGCAGCAGCAGGAGCAGCGUGUGUAGCGCGCACAUUUUCUUCUUUUUCCCUAUUUAAAAAUAGACGAGUGAACAAGACGUUCGUUUUUAGACGAAAUUCUUGGCUUCCGUUCGGCGUCCACCAUCCCUCCUCUUCCCGUGUGCACAUAUACACAACAGCCCCCCGGCUCCUAGUCGUCGUUUCUCGACGUCACACACGCACAUAUAUACACGACGGCCUUAUUAGUUGGUUGAGACGGCGAGAUAUUCUUCUUGUACACACACACUGAGAGUGAGGGGGGGGGGGAAGGUGCGGGAUGGAUCGAGUGGGUUUUUUUUUUUUCUCUGUCGUUCGACGACGAGGAUUUUUGCGCCUUCCUCGUUUUUCUGUCGAGCUGGUGGCAAAUAUGGCAGGCAGGAUUUUGAAUUUUUAGGAGGGAGGGAUUCUUCCGCUUCAUACUUCCGGAAGUAGCUUUCAUCUUCCGGUCUGUCUCCCAAUUUAACCUAAUAUUUCCAUGCAAUAUCAAGUGAGGGUUGGCUGAGUAAGGAGCAAAGGAUCAAUAGUUAAAAUGAAAAGGAACGAAGAAACAGACUGCGCCACUUUUGCUUUCAGUCCUGGAAUAAAAAAAAUAGGCCCACUUCCACCCCCUCCGGCUGGACCGGACUCAUCCGUAUUACAAAGGAGAGUAGCCUAGUCUACUACUACGGUACCAUGUAGGGAAAAAAAGGGCCCCCGCCAUGCGAGAAGACGUCAAACGACUUUCUCAAUUAUUCACGACCGGUUUCCACUUUAUAUUCCCCAUUUCGUAUGCAAUCCGCGUAGUAUUUUUCCUUCUCUCUCCAGUCUGUGUAUGUACGUUGAGAUAUCCCUCCGGCGUAGUUCAAAGUCCACGGAAAAUCUCGAAAUAAAAAUGAUUAUCAUUUAAUAAAACAUGGCCGGGGAGGAGAGAGACUGUGUGUAUUGCGUCAAUCGCGUUCUACUUCUUGAUGUCGUCCUCCCUCCGUGAGUCGGCGGGACUGCGACGACGACGACAACAGUUGCAGCAGCAAAGAGCACACACAACGAUGACGAUCGUUUUGGGGUUGGUCUUGUUAUUUUCUUUUCGGUGCCCGUCUCAUUUUUCAUUGCGCUGGCGCGAGCGGACCGGGGGCCCCCGUGUCUAUGUUUUUUUCUUCUUCGUAGAGUUGGUAACGUGAUCCAGUCGGUUCACUGGACCGGCGUCUUGCAUCUCUUUCUGCUUGGCUUCCACUUCUUCUUCUUCUUCUUCUACUUUUUUACUUCCUUCCUUCAUCCUCACUUCCUUCCAUUCGCCUUUUUUUCUCCUUUCACUUGAGAGAAAAAAAAGAAGAAGAAGAAGAAGAAGAAGAAGAAGGGGUGGAGUGGCUCCGUCAUCCGUUCUCCGCCUGUAAUCCGACGAAAAGUUCCAUUUUCUCUAACCUCCUCCUCCCCUCCACCCGCCGAACGCGGGUCCCGGCUCCCGAAAUAGAAUUUCCGUCAGAGUAGAAAAGAGACUCCUCCACACACAUGAUUUUCGGGUUUUUUUUCUUUUUCUUCUUCUUACUUCAGUUUCCUUGGCAGUUUCCAGCAGCAGUCCGCUCUCUCUACACCAUUCGCAUUCCGGAUGAGUUGUCCGACGGAUCAGUUUCUCUCUCCCCCCACCCCCGACUCCGAUGAGCUCCAUUUUUGUUAGUUAAGUGCGUUCGACUACUACUAUUCUUUUUGAAAAAGAAACGAAAGAAUCCAAUCAAGGGAUCACACGACGGCCAGCAAAAAAAGGAAACACCUAUUGACUUUUGCGUGUGGGCCGACCUUGGGAGUUCUGCUUAAGUGUCUAUGUGCGUGUGUCUCGUGAAUUUAAAAAAGAAACAAAAAAAUCCUGCAAAGGGAUAAUAAGAAAUAUUUGUCCCGGGUUCUUUUUUUUUCUUUUAUUUAUCGCCGAUUGCCCAGUAGCUCACAAAAGUGACGGCCAGUGUGCGUGAAGUAGCGCCAUGUGUUGCCGGCCGGCCGGCAGGCCAGGACAGAUGCCCCUGUGCGCACCCAAAUAACGACGACUAUAGAGAACUUUACCAAGGAGCGACGAAAUCCUCCAAGGCCAGCAAGGCCAGAACAAACUGGAAUGAACCGAGAAAUCAACAAGAACAAACCGUGAACGAUAAAAUUGUUUCCCUGAACCAACGAGUCGUUGGCCGAACCUUUUGCGUCUUCAAUUAAUCAAACGACAGAAAAAUCUUUCCUUUAAACCCAAAAGAAAUAAGAAAAAAACUAAUCAAACAAGUUAUUGAUGGACAAGAGACGUGUGUGUGUGUGCAGAUAGCUUCUUGCUGACGGUGGGUCGGGCGGACCAGUGCUGCUGGCCGCGGGAGAAGUGCCAUGCCAACGCCCCUGGCGCCGUAUUCCAGUUGUUGUCGUCAUUGACACGCCAGUGGUGCUGGUGGUGGUCGACGGGUGCCCGCGCCCCCCGUUUUGAAUGACUGAAACAAUAACCGGACCAGUUGCAGUUUCAAGAUGGUCGUCAACGGAGGUGGCAGUCAACAGCAGCAGCCGACUCCGGCACCUCCGCCUCCGCCCGAUGUCAACAACAUCAUGGGCGGAAUCGAGCAGACGGUCGGCGUCCGCAUGCACAAUCACCGACGUAAACUCCGCCAAAGGUUCGAUUUGGUGCGCAAACUUGGACAGGGAACCUACGGCAAAGUUCAGUUGGGAAUCAAUAAAGAGACGGGCCAAGAGGUGGCCAUCAAGACGAUCAAAAAGGCCAAAAUUGAAACGGAAGCGGAUCUGAUUCGCAUCCGCCGCGAAAUUCAAAUCAUGUCGUCGGUGCGCCACCCCAACAUCAUCCACAUUUACGAAGUGUUUGAGAACAAGGAGAAGAUGGUCCUGGUGAUGGAGUACGCGGCCGGCGGCGAACUCUACGAUUACCUCAGUCAGCGCAAAGUCCUCAACGAGGCCGAGGCCAGACGAGUCUUCCGCCAAGUCGCUUCCGCCGUCUAUUACUGUCACAAGCACAACAUUUGCCAUCGCGAUUUGAAAUUAGAGAACAUUUUGCUGGACGAAAGCAAAACGGCCAAGAUCGCCGAUUUCGGAUUAUCAAACGUCUUUGACGAUCGACGCCUGCUGACGACCUUUUGUGGCAGCCCUUUGUACGCCAGUCCGGAAAUUGUCCGUGGAACUCCGUACCAUGGGCCCGAAGUGGAUUGUUGGUCUUUGGGCGUUCUGCUUUACACGCUGGUUUACGGAGCCAUGCCUUUCGACGGAUCCAAUUUCAAGCGACUCGUCAAGCAGAUCUCAUCCGGCGAGUACUACGAGCCGCCUGACAAACCAUCAACUGCUUCGCCUCUGGUUCGUCACAUGCUGCUCGUCGAUCCGGCCAAGCGGGCCAACGUCGAGGACAUUUGCUCCCACUGGUGGGUCAACGAAGGCUACGGAGAAUCCUGUUUGGAAGUCGCGGAAGAAUUAGCCAACCAGACGCCCGUCCGGCUCGAUUUACUCCUGUCGCUGGUUCCGCCACCAGAGUCAACCGACACGGUCGUCGUCAGCGCCAAAACGGAUCAACCGGCGUCAACUCAGGCCAGCAAGGAAGGCGAUUCCAUGAACGAAUAUUACUCGGCGGCCGAGCCCAGUACGUCCGACGCUGCCAAAUCGGGUGGAGUCAAGAAAAAGAAGGAAAGUUCCGGUCAGUCGGGCAAAGAGGCGGACAAGGCCUCGACCGUCAAGAGGCGCCGGGCAGAAACCGACCAAGUCAAAUCGGCUGACGAUUCGACGACAAUGACUCCGGAAGGUCGCGGUGGCUGCCCAGCACCGGGCGAUUUGGAUGCUCAAAAUUCUGCGGGACCCAGUCCCAUCGACGAUUCCGGGAUCCAGACGUCGUUGCGGGAGGAGGAGGAGGAGGAAUUGGUGACGGGCGUCGUCCAGUCUGCUCCGGAAGAGGUACGAACGAAAUCGACGUCGAGCGAAGCCAAAACGAAAUGUGAUGUGAUGACGGACGUUGAUAUGGACGAGGGUAUUAGCACGUCCAGCCAGGCGGAUGAUAGGCGAUCCAGCGUGCCAGUCGCCUCUUGUAUGGCGGCCAAUCCAGCCUCCGCCGCUCUCGCACCCUGUACAAUAAUGACCAAUAAUAAUAAUCCAUCCCAGUCUUCUUCGCCCUCGGCCAAUGCAACGACGACAACCUCCACGACCUCCACUUCAUCCAUCCCGCAUUGUUCCUCGGUUAGCCAACAUUCUCCAGCCACAUCCGCAUUUCGACAGACGACGACGACGACCGUGACCGUGGGGGACGUCUCAACUUUGUCGCCCCCAAUUGCUCCGACAACUGCCAAUGCAGAAAUCGAAAUUAGCCGCCCACCUCCUCUUCUUGAUGGCCGCCCUACCUGUGCUGCUCCUGCUGCUCCCGCUCAAGUUCCAGAAGCUCUUGAGUCUCUUGUUGUUGCGUCGACUGGACAGCCGGAAUCUCAUGCUGCGAUGGCAGGCAAGAUGGAUGCGAAAGGAGCCGUGCCAGCUGCGAAUGUCGUCACAGAGCCCCCAGAGCCAGAAAAUACCGUCGCCCUAAUAUCACCCACCAACGCCACCCCACCGCCACCGCCACCCAGUUUAAAUCAGGUUCCCCCUCCACCACCUCCGUCUACCCUUGGGCCCGAAAAGACCGAGUCAGCUGGCGACAGGAGCGGAGCAACAACGGCCGGCAGCACCGCGACGGCGACACCACCACCACCCAAGGAAGGAGCAGCCCCAAGCGGCAGCGGCAGUAAUCGCUCAGAAUCGUCUGCUGCUAAUGCUGCCCCUCCGGCAUCGGUGGCUCUUGCCAAUCGGCGGCCGGCCAAUACCAACAAAGCGGCUGGUCCGGCCAAUGCAGCGGAACAGCGCCACUCGAAGAUACUUCGCCAGGCGGAAAUAUUCAACAGCCUCGUACUGACUCACUCGCGAAAUGAACCGCCGACGACUGGACCCAAGAGUACCAUGACGCUGGAACGGCCCAAAAAAGUCACCAUUUUCAGCUACAAGUUGAACGAUACGCGGCGCCCGACUGAAACUCGGACGGAACCUAAAGUGCCCACCAUCGUGCCCGUUUUGAAAGUCUCGGACGCCAAGAGAGCGUUUGAGAACAAUGCGGCUGCUGCCCAGCAGCAGAGGAAUUCGAGUAUUGGCAGCGCAGCUUCAGGCCAUCAUCACAACAGUCUGCCGAGGCGGACGCUCAUUCAAACUCCGGCCAGCGUCAGCACUGAUGCCAUGGUACCCAAAUCUCUCAAUCAACAACGGGCCGGUCAUGCCGCUUCGAUGGCCACCAUGACGGCCACUACAACUUCCGCCCAGGAAUCCACUAAUUCAUCGCAGGGAGUAGAGCCGGGCGAGAAGGUGGUCGUGGGAGGACUGGGCGUCAAAAUUGGCGCUAUCGGCAAAGUCACGGAAAUUGGAAUGAAGGUUAAAACGGAGGAAAAUAACCACCAAUCGGAAAAUCAAACAACUCCGAAGGACACGAAAACCAGUCAGCCCGUUCAGAACGACGAGAGCCUCAAACCUCAGGGGUCCAGCAGCGAGAAGAAAUUACCGGAGCAAUUGAACGCGGAGCAGGAAGUUCAAGUUGCAGUGGAAAAGUCUGAAGUUGCAUCACCCGUUCCUGUCAAAGAAGUUCAAUCGCCGACCAAAGUUUCGACUAAGAAAGUGAAGGAAUCGGAAUCUCCACCCUCGGCUCUUCCGGCCCAAGAGCCAGAAGAGCCAAAAGUGCGGGAGAUUCCGGUCAUGUUGGACACGGGCGAAUUGGAGACAAAAGUCGCAUCCAUUUUGGCGGCACCUGGACGUAGUCCUCCGAAAGAUCCGCCCGCACCGCGACCUACAAGCCUCCCGACACCUGUGUCUUCUUCUACUCCGUCGCCCAAAGCGACCGGCCAGGUAUCGUCGUCCGCUAAUGAAAGGAUGACAUCACCUCCGCCGAAACCCAUUCGAGUGGCUUCACCACCUCCGCUCCGGAUCGCUUCCCCACCUCCGCGUCCGGUGCGCAUCGCUUCGCCAUCACCUCCAGCGGUGGCCCAUAAAAUUAUCAAUGCAUCCGCACGGACCGUGUCCCCACCACCUCCAUUAAUCCGUCCGUCGGCCGAUCAAUCGCCCAAUCAGCGGCCGCUCUCUCCGUCGACGUUGCCAUCCAGUCGGCCCAUGUCUCCCGUUUACGCGUCGUCAAUGACUUCGACCGACAGGACGGAUGACGACUGUAUCGCCGGAUCUGAAAACGCUUUCAUCCGCGGCAUUCGCAGUCCGACGAGAGAGCAUCCAGCCCCUGCGGCGAUUCCUCCGUUAAACAAGCGCUUCUCCAAAGGACCUGGCGAUAUGCCGGAGAAUGCGACGGUGAUGGUCGAAGCCAAGCCGAUCCAGAAAGCGGAGAUCAACAUCGCCGUCAACGUGGCGUCAACGUCCACCAAUCCGAGAGAGAGAAUUAUUCCCAUCCGCGUAGAAGGCAGAGGAGAAUCAACAGCAGCGGCCGUGGCAGCGGUUGGAGGAUUAGUCGCGUCGGAGAGUAGUAAGGCCGUGCCGAAAUCGCUCAACUCCAUUUCCGUCCAGUUGCGGGCCACUCCGCCGCGAGUCGCUUCGCCUCCGCCGCCGCCGGCACAGCCCAUUAAACCCGUCCCUAUCCGUCCUAGUUCUGCGAGUCGACAGGAAUCGAUACAGAAUCCAGGACCCGCAAUGGCAAUUGCAGAGUCAGUCAGUUCGGAAAGUAAAAAAUUCCUACGGGAACCCGUCCGGGAAUCUGCCAGAGAGCCGAUUCGAAAAUCGCCGCGGGAAUUUAUCAUCCCCAUUACGGUGGAAGGCGUCAGUGCCAGCCAUCCAGCGGCAGCCGAGACGGCCUCGUCGUCUUCAGCGUCCAUGAGAACCAGUCGAUUCGACCGGACCAAACGAUACGGGAGCUUGUACCAUGAGGGUGAAACCGAUUUUGAUAUUAGUCAGACGUCGGGUGAUGUUGAUAAUCACGCAGCUAGUCCACUUCAUCAUUUGCAACGUUUGAGCUCCUUUAAAAAAUCACACGACGAGCCGGAAACUUCUCGAGGCCGACGGGGAAGUGACAGUUCCAUCGAUGAUGAUAUCGACGACGACGACGACACGUUCCAGAUUCUGACAGCCGAGUCUCUUUUCUCGACGCUUUUAUCACGGGUCCGACAGCUGACGAAACGGAACCAGAGAGCCGAAAGUAAUGCGGCUGAUCCGUUUGUCGUGUUCCGCAACUCUUCUCGAUUCACCAGUCCGGCUCCCAGCGCUGGCGGCCGUUCAAGAGCGACGGACGUGAGCGAUAUUCAUCGCGAGUUUGAAGACGCCUCUUCGCAGAUGAGUACACCCGGAUGCACUUCGCCCAACGCUCACCAUCACAACAACAACAAUCGCAACAGCACCGGAUCCGACCUGCUGGCCGGUUCAGCUAGCAACAAGGGUUUCUGGAACAAUGUUUAUUCCAGGGCUUCUUCGGUGGCAUCCGAGUCCGAUGCCAGACGAUAUUCGACCCUGGAUCCGCCUCGUUUCCACUCGACAGAAACGCCUCAAUUGCAGCCGCCGCCGAGUUCGGCCGGCGUCCCGUCUGGUCUCCCUUGGCGACGGGACACGUCGGUGGAAGGCGAAAGCAACUGCAGCAUCGCUUCGGCCUCCAUGUCCCAGCGAGUCCGGUUGCAACAUCAACUUGGGUCGGCUGAUGGAGGGGACCGGAAACGCGUCACGCUCACGUUGCAUGUCACGGAGCCAGCAGCUCGGGCUCCUCCUUCUUCUCCAACUGCAAGUGAUUGGUUCCGUCCCGAAUGUCGUCGUCGACACGACCCAAAUCCGGAACAAGAGAACAAAGGGCCAGCCGAGACUGGAGCUGGAACGGUCGUGUCCUUCAAAUGCUUCGUUUUAUCUCAUCCGGCAGCUAGUACCGCUUAUCAUAGUCCGUCAGCUGUCAAUGGAGAUGUCAAUAACGCAACGCCAGCAUCCAGUCGACCUUUCACUUCCUCCCUAACGCGACGUAAACUGAACCAACACCUGCGAGAAACCAAUCCGGAGCUAGUCGGUUCACCGGGACAAAAUGGAAAUCACCUACAAAACAAUAGCGACGCCAUGUCGGAUACAUCGUCAACUUCCGCUGGCAAUCGUUCCAGUCUAUCCUGGGCGUUGUCACGCUUCACUGGCGGAGUGGCCGACUCGGCGAAACCCACUGGCCGCUCAGUACGAGACCAACAACAACAACAACCGCAAUACAGUCGAGCCAAGAGCAGCCGGGAACUGGGCAACGAGCCGCAACAGCGAACCUAUCAACGUUAUGGCCGUUCUUCCACUCUGGAUAAUCUCGAACCAGACAGUUCAACUGCACCUUCUUCCGCUUCUACAGCUGGUUACUUCCAUCGGAUAGGAUCGCCGUUCUCCGAUGAUGAGAAUCCCAAUUCCGGCGUUUCGAUACCGGCCUCCUACCGAACUUAUACGAGAACGCGUAGUCGAGAAUACAUGAGCCCAACGAGCAGUCGAGGCACUUCUCCCGUUCCAUCCAGCAGCAUCGCAGCGCUACCGUCCAUCUCUACUACGAUGAGUAGUCCGGAUGCGGUGGCCAACAUGGCCAUGAAUCCGAUUGUUCCGCAAUUGAGUACCGUCCUAGAGAACGGGCCGUUGGGGGUUGAAGGCGAAAGUAGUCCGCGGCCAACUAGAGCGGCUGAAAGCAAAUUGGCCGCCAUCACCAGUUUGAAUUCAACAAAUCCGAUUCCCGUCUCAGUUCCAGCUCCAGCCCCAGUUUCUGCUCCUAAUCCACCAGCAGCUCCGACGAGUGAAAAUGCUGAUGGGACCAUCGAACGCAAAUCACGCCGUGUUUCUCGAUUCCUCCGGCCGGAUUUCUACGAUGCUCCGAAAGAGGAAUCGUCAACCGAAAAGCAGCGCUUCCUCAAAUCGGUCGAACAGCGCUGGGAAAAGUACAAUCCGGACGCCGGAUUGAUGGCAUUAAGUAAAACCACAAACAGUCAAACUGCAGGAUCGACUCAGACAAUCGAACGUCCUGCUGCUCCAAUCUCCAAGGAUCGUGCAACCGGAUCUUUAACGUCGACUCCGCCAUCUCCUCUACAACCGAUUCUAAAGGCCAGACAAAGUUUGACGCCUAUUCCGGCCCCGGCUCAACCCAAUCUAUCGCUUCCACCUCCUAGCUCGUCCGUUGUCUUAAAACCGGUGCCUGAACAGCCCCAAGUGGAACCCGCCACCAAUAAAAUCCCGCAACAGGUGAUGCUGAAACCUGUUCCCGUGGAGUCACAGCAACAGCAGCAGCAGCAGCAAUCGGCUCCUAAAUCAAACGGCAACGCUCCUAGUUCCAAGAAUUCACCCAAGUUGACGGUCCGUCGCCAGUUUGAGCAUUUGAUCAAUUUAGCGGCGGCCCAAUUCCAACGAUCCUCGUCCCCAAACAAAGUUGCUCCUGCUGUUCCAGCCCAAACCCCUGCAAGUACCUCUACAACUAUCACCCCUCCAACUCCAGUUAUUUUAACCGCUGCUGCUCAACCACCACCAACUACUAUCCAGCAGCCACCGGAUACGAUUUCUCUGGAAUUGAAGCAGCUGGAAGAUGAAAUCAAAAAUACAGCGGCCAUUAAAGCUCAGGCGUCGGCCAGACUGGACGCUCUCAAAUACGAGCAUGCCGUCAGAAGCGGAGCUGCCGCAAUUCCUCCUUCCGGAAUCCCCAAACCAGCCAUUCCGGUCAAGCCGAUUUAUUUAGUAGCUCGACCGGUUCAGGAAAUCCCAUCCGUUUCACCCGAUUUACCUAUUGUUCCACCUGAAUUCCAGCCGUUUCAGUACAAGGGCUCGAACGGGACCUUGCGUGAAUUGUCUCACCGCAGCAACAACAACAACCGAAGGGACGCUUUGUCGCCACCUCCGGCGGGAGCCAAUGAAAACGGAACCAUUUCUCCAUUUGCCGAUGAGGCCGUCCGUUUCGCCCGCAUUAUCAAACGAUUCGAAUCGCAGCCUUACGAAAACAGCUGGGCCAGCGACGCCAUGGGGAUAGAUAACGCAGCACCUGGAACGCCGACCGACAGCUACGAGUCUUCUUCCGUCUGCUCCGACUUGCGCGGUGACCAAAGAGAUUCCGGCGAGGAUGAGAGCGUCAGUGAAAGGAUUUUCCGCAAGAGUUUCUACUCUCGUUUCAACGAGCCGACCAAAACGAAGCAUCGGCGUUCCAUGACCAGGGAACUCGAUGGCGGUGAAGGAGGUGAAGGAAACUUGCCCAUCACCGACGCCCAGCCGCCCAUCUCUCGUCGUUCUUCGCAACAUCGCAAGAGCCUCAGCGGUCGGGACGAAUCGGUCGAUCGAAUCGGCCUAUCCGAAACGGUGAUGGUCCGCAAAUUCCUGUCUUCCGGCGACGCCAAUGGCGGUGGUAAUUUCGAUCGUGAGCGCCGCCUGUCGGCGAGUCGGAGACAUCCGUCCGUGUCCGAGUACUCGGACGCCACCGUCGACGUCAUUCAUCCGAGGCGAUCGAUGUCGAGGGAAGUCUCAGUGGCCCGCUCGGUCAAAAGCGACACACAGCCACCGCAAGUGACAAGUCCGACACCUUCCGUCGCUGGCUCCGAUUCUGGCGACCGUGCCGGAACCACCGGAAGAGAAGUGCGAUCCUACGCUCGAACUUACUCGAGUUCGCGUGCACUCGCCAACGAUUUGCCACCUUCGGGGAAUGGCGAAUCUUAUUCAUCGGCCAGUCUGGGCCGUCGCAGUUACUACCCGGUUUCGUCGACGGCGACGGAUGCGGAUCACAUCAGCAGCCUGCCACGGAGAUCCAGCAAUCGGUACAGUAUACACGAACAUGUUCCAGAGAGCACCAACGUCCGUCUGCGUUCGACCGGAUCGUCGGUUUUGGCGAGCCGACCGUCACGAUAUUCGUCCAUUUUGUUGGAGGAAAGUGGCGGCAGCGGGUCGGCAGCUACUGGACAUCAAAUCAGCAAUGUCCUUUCGCCCAACUCGACGCGACGACACACCAAUCUUUCAGAUUCGGGGCUGACCCGAAGGGAAUCGACUUUUUACGGGACUCCUAGUCCUUUUUCAAGUCGACCAGGAACAGGAUCAGGAGCAGGAGGAUCGACAACUGGAUCCACGUCCACGUACUUUUUGCGCUCCACCAGUAGCGGACUGGAUCAUCACAACAACAACAGCACCAAUCACAGCGGGACGUACUCGACACUGAGACCGUCUUUGCUGCGCCAUCGCCGAUAACAUUUACUACAACUCAAAUCACGAAUAAUACUCAUUCAAUCCUACACGCGUCGAUAUAAUUACUACAUCCUUGUUUCUGUAUUUUGUCUGUUUUGUUUCAGAUUUUUUUUUGUGCUCUGUUUAACUCUCGUGGCUUCGCAAUCAGUUAAUUCUUAUGUCGGGUGAACAAAAGGGGCAGAUAAGAGAUAGGGGAAAAGGUUUUUUGACUGCAUCAACAAAAUAGACUAUGCACUUUGGGCAAAUGUCAUACCAGUUGUUCCUCCACAGCAAUAAUUAGAUGUUGUUCCGACUAGUCUUUGAAAAAACUGCUGCCUACCAUUUUCGCCCCAUACAUAUACUUUAGGUACAACUUGUUAAACUGUUAGUCAUCGCCAUCCAAUUCAUCUCUUCUCUCGUGUUACCAGAAUAAUGACCAUGAAAUUAUUGAAACAGUUAAAAUGCGUGUAGAGCAUAUUACAAGGUGUGUGUCAUGAUGGCUCCUUUGUUGGUUAUCGGCCUCAUUCAAUUGGCCAAUAACAAUCGAGACCCGUCCGUAUAAUAAUGAUUAUAAUUCAUCAUCUUCUGUAUACCAAAAAAUGUGGAUUGAGUGCGUGUGUAUGUGUGUGGCCGUUGAAAGAGAAAUCGGCAUGAAAAAUACUACUCAAAAAAAGAAUGCAAAA